AGAAGGGGGGAAUACUAGUAUUUUAGGGGGAAAAUCUUAAUAUCUAUAUAUAUAUACACCCCCUAUAGAGUGUCUCUUUACAAUAUUAAUCAAGCACCGAGGCACCUAAUUAAUCAAAGAUUAAGAAUAUGGAUCAUAAGCUUGUGUCUAGCUGGUACAAUCAUCAUACUUCUGUUCCACAAUCUUAUGUGCAACCACCAGAAAGAAGACCUUGCAAUGCUGUUUUGUCUACUAAUAAGAAAAUUCCAGUGAUUGAUCUUGGAGGACAAGAUCGUGAUGACAUCAUAAGAAACAUCAUUAUAUCCUCCGAGGAAUAUGGAUUUUUUCAGGUAGUGAACCAUGGAGUUGCUAAGGAUUUAAUGGAGGAAACAUUAAGGAUUUUCAAAGAAUUUCAUGCCAUGCCUCCAAAUGAAAAGGUGAUUGAAAGCUCUAAGGACCCUAAUGGAAGUUGCAAACUCUAUACAAGUAGUGGAAGAAAUGUUGAAGAUGUGGCCAAGUAUUGGAAAGAUUCUUUGAAACACCCUUGUCCACCUUCAGGAGAAUUCAUUCAGUAUUGGCCAGAGAAACCAGAGGGAUACCGGUAAAAAAUAUAUUUUCUCUUAGUGUUCCA